AUGCCAGUACAAGGGAUUCGAACAGUGGCUAAGGCCAGGAACGGCGUUGGCGCCUUCAUCCUACAAUGCAAACGCCUCGACUUCCACUACUGCGACUGGGCUGGUAGCUCAAGAGGGAUGCUGGCCUUCCUCAAGCACUCCCUCCCCUCCUUUGCAAAGGCCAACCCCCAGAUCGAGAUCCGAGUCUCCCCACGACCGCACAAACACCCCGUCAUCAAGGGCCACUACAUCAACGGCAGAGAGAAGGCCAUCUGCGUCCGAAACCUCGAGCCUGAGCAGAUUAUGCAGAAGGCCAACCUGCUCAAAGAAGCCAGCGGAGAGAAGCUGAAGAGGACCAAGAAGCCAGUCACAAGUUUGAACGAGAGUGUGAGAGGCAUCUGGUCUCCUUAUCACGGAGAUCUCAAGACGGUUUAG